ACUGACAGCCGGUUAACACAAACCCCGCAGGUACCCUGGGUUACUGGAAAUCCAUACCCGAAUAACCUCACACUUCAGCCGAUCGUCUCUCCCACUCAAUGUCUCUCAUCUCCUCCUUUUUACUUCAUCCUCGUCAAUCUCUCCCCCUCUCUCCCUGACUCUCUCGCCCUCCGUCUCUGUAGAUAUCACGUCUCUCUGUAAAUCUUUCUCCCUCCAUCUUUGUCGAUCUCGCUAUCUCUCUGACUCUCUCCCAAUCUCUCUCACCCAUAUAAUUCUUAUGAAUACUGGCAGAGGCGGAUCUUAGAAGAGGCAAGAGGGGGCAACUGACCCCCCUUAAAUAUUUUUUUUUUAAUAUUAUACAUAUUUUUAGGUUGUAAAAUUGAAAUUGACCCCCCUUAAUUUUUUUGUGACCCCUUUUAAUUUUUUUACAAAAAAAUUGACCCCCCUUAACUUUAUAGUCAGAUCCGCCACUGUGACUGGAAGAGGGCAGAAUAAGGAGUGAUGAGGAGGAUCGUGCUCUCAUUGAAACCCUGCAAGAAGUGGCUGUUGAUAUAAAUUUGAAGAGUGAGAAGGGAUGGAGGGAUGGUUACUUGGUUCGAGUUGAAGACUUGAUGGCUAUGAAAGUGCCUAUGGCGGGUUUAAAAGCUAAUCCCCACAUCGAGUCAAGGUGGAAGUAUCUAAACCGAAAGUAUCACGCGAUAGCCGAUAUGCGAGCUAGUUCUGGAUUUGGUUGGGACGAGAAUUCAAAAAAAAUUCAACGUGACAAAAGCGUGUAUGACGAAUGGUGUAAGAGUCAUAAGGAUGCUAGAGGUAUGUGGGGUGUUUCAUUCCCGCAUUUUCAUGCACUUGCCGAGUUGAUGGGGAAUGAUCGAGCAACGGGUAGUAAUGCUGAAAAUUUUGCGGAAGCAAUAGAGAAUAUGGGGAAUGAAACAAAUGACUCGAUGUUUAGCGCUUCUACAGAAGAAGCAGAUCAAGAUUCUGUUUCCAAACCUGGUAAAAGGAAGCGAUCAAAGGACAACCCUGAAAAAAAUUUGAUUUCCAUGUUUGAUGAUGUAUCUAGCAAAUUAGGCUCAUUUAUGGAGAAUAUCGAUAAGCAUCUUGGCAAGUUAGUUGCGAGCGAGAGUGAUGACAUGGCUGCUAAAGUGAUGGAGGCUUUGAGACAGAUGGAAGGAUUGUCCAGUGGCCAAAUGCUACAAGCUGCUGAAAUACUUAUGGCCGAGCCGCCUAAACUAAAGGUUUUUUACCAUGCCGAUACAGAGUUGAGGAAAGAAUAUAUUUAUCGUCUUUUAUUAGCUAAAAAUAAGUGAUUAAUGUUUCUUGAUUUUAUUUAUUGUUGAUUCUGCAACCUGUUUAUGAGAUAGUAACAUCUAGCAGCAUGAAAUUGUUUGUUUUGCUACUAGCCAGAUUUAUCAGACCUUGUUCUAAAGUGAUGGAACUUUUUUAUUCGGAAAAAAUCUUGGAUGCAUGAAAAUUUUAUUUAAAUUAUUUGUUUUGCUCCUAGCCAAA